GCAGAGUGUUCAGUGUUCUUCGAGAGCCCAAUGGCUCGCGGCCAGCUGAGUGUGCUGUACGCUCUGGAUGUGGCAAGGACACAGCUCUACCACUUCAUGGCCAUCGUAAUCGCCGGCAUGGGCUUCUUCACAGACGCCUACGACUUCUUCGCCAUCUCACUCGUCACCGACCUCAUCGGCUACCAGUACUACCAAGGGCAUACUCCUCGCGGCGUCUCCGCCGUCAUCAAGGGGAUCGCCCUGUGCGGUGCCGUCCCGGGGCAGCUCGUCUUCGGCUGGCUCGGCGACAAGAUGGGGCGCAAGCGUAUCUACGGUGUCACGCUCAUCCUCAUGGUGGUCACCUCCCUCGCAUCCGGCCUCUCCUUCAGCAAGCGCUUGGGGAAGAACGUGGUCACCGUGCUCUGCUUUUUCCGUUUCUGGCUCGGCGUUGGCAUCGGCGGCGACUACCCGCUCUCGGCAACCAUCAUGUCGGAGUACGCCAACAAGAAGAGACGCGGCGCCUUCAUCGCCGCUGUUUUCGCCAUGCAGGGUUUUGGCAAUCUUGCAGCAGGGAUCGUCGGAAUGGUGGUGUCAGCCGCCUUUCUGAACAGCACCACAUCCAACGCUGACUUCGUCUGGCGGAUUGUUCUCAUGUUCGGCGCCGUUCCGGCUGCCCUCACCUACUACUGGCGCAUGAAGAUGCCGGAGACGGCGCGGUACACGGCCCUCGUCACCAAGGAUGUGAAGAAGGCAGCCUCAGACAUGGCCUCCGUCCUCAACGAGGACAUCGUGCCGGAGGAUGAAGCUGUCAACGAGCUCGCCCCGCCGGGCCAGUACGGUCUCUUUUCGUCAGAGUUCCGCCGCCGCCAUGGUGUGCACCUCCUCGCGACCAGUGUGUGCUGGCUUGCUGUCGACAUCACCUUCUACUCGCUUAAUCUGUUCAUGAAGGACAUCUUCACCAAUGUAGGGCUGCUUCCCACUCCAGAGGAAGGCAACAACAACCCGUUCCAGCGGAUGAUCAAAACUACCGCACUGCACACGGCCAUAGCCCUCUGUGGUACAUUGCCAGGGUACUUCGGCACCGUCGUGUUCGUGGACCGCAUCGGCCGUGUCAGGAUUCAAAUACUUGGGUUCACCAUGAUGUCCGUCUUAAUCAUCUGCCUCGCUGCCCCCUACGAUCACUACUGGACUAAACAACACAAGAACAAGUACGGCUUUGCUGUCAUGUAUGGCAUGACCACCUUCUUUGCUAAUUUCGGUCCAAACACGACGACUUUCAUAAUUCCGGCGGAGAUCUUCCCAGCGCGGCUACGCUCGUCCUGCCAUGGCAUAGCCGGGGCCUUUGGGAAGAUUGGCGCCAUCAUCGGCGUGUUUGCCCUCCGGUACACGGAAAAUCACGUCGCAAGAACGAUGUUCGGGCUUGUUGGCUGCAACAUAGUCGGUCUUGUGUUUACGCUCCUCUUGCCGGAGACAAAGGGGAAGUCACUGGAGGAGAUAACCGGAGAGAUUGAAGGACAACGGCCACAACAUCACGCUGACGCAGCUCCUUCGGCAGAGCACACACAAGUGGUGCCUGUUUAGUCGUCUACGUAGGGUUUUAUGUGGUGCUGCCUCUUUAUUUUUUAUUAGUGCAUGGUACUACCUUUGCUGAUGGAUCUUUAUUAUGAAAAUAUUCAUGUAUUUACGUGUGUUGGUAGCAAAAUUAUUUAAUUCAAA